GCCCGGCCUGGACAGAGCGGCUUCGGGGGCGACUGUGGUGUCCCUGUUGGUCCUGCUGGCCCUGCGCUCGCGCUUCAUCCCGACCCGCUCAGGACCCGCCCUCCCCGUGUCCUUGGGCGUGCGGCAGACGGACGGGGACGCUGGCAUCCUCAGGGCGCCUGCGCCACCUGCGUCCUUGAGAUGCGCUGCCUGCCCACACCUGCGCUGCUUCGGGCCCUGGCCCAGGCUGUACGUGCAGGGCAUCCCGGUGCCCGGAGCCUCCACAGCAGUGCAGUGGCGGCCACCUACAAGUAUGUGAACUUGCGAGAGCCCUCGAUGGACAUGAAGUCAGUGACUGACCGGGCGGCUCAGACCCUGCUGUGGACUGAGCUCAUCCGAGGACUGGGCAUGACCCUGAGCUACCUGUUCCGGGAGCCAGCCACCAUCAACUACCCAUUUGAGAAGGGCCCGCUGAGCCCGCGCUUCCGUGGGGAACAUGCACUGCGCCGUUACCCAUCCGGGGAGGAGCGCUGCAUCGCCUGCAAGCUUUGCGAGGCUGUCUGCCCUGCCCAGGCCAUCACCAUCGAGGCAGAGCCGCGGGCCGAUGGCAGCCGCCGGACCACGCGCUACGACAUCGACAUGACCAAGUGCAUCUACUGCGGCUUCUGCCAGGAGGCCUGCCCCGUGGAUGCCAUUGUCGAGGGCCCCAACUUUGAGUUCUCCACGGAGACGCACGAGGAGCUGCUGUACAACAAGGAGAAGCUGCUGAACAAUGGGGACAAGUGGGAGGCCGAGAUCGCCGCCAACAUCCAGGCCGACUACCUGUACCGGUGACGCCAGCUGGCCCGCAACCCCUCAGCCCAAUAAAGCAGCUCUGACCUCCC